UACAUGACGGUGGUAUAGUGAUCGGAAUAAUGUUACUGAUAGGGAGCUCAGGAACUCCAAAGUUAACGUGUUGAAGAAGAAUCAGUUUUACCACAGAUGAAAAUCUGAUUGAAGCUUAAGUCAUGAACAAGACUUAAACAUCGGCCUAUUAGUAAUACCUACCUACUACCAAGGAUCAUUUUACUGCACGCCACAAUUUAUACGUAUUUGGUACUGCCUACCGAAGAUAAAUAAACAUGAGGGAACGGGAAUAUUUAAGAAGUCACUGCCCGUUCAGUUGGUGGAAACCGAGUCUAGUAUGGAUGGUGAUGUCGGCAUUAUUAUUAGUUAAUUUGGGGUAUGGUUCUAUAACCUGUGGCCCGGGUAUCGAAUCAGCUGGAGUAACCGUUCCGAGAUAUGAUAUAGUCAUCGAAUACGGCUCCGGCACCCCCUUGGAAAUCACGUGCGUGUUAGAUCCCGACAAUGAAAAAGUGAAAAACCUGUUUCGGAAUGACACCAUCGACGGGGGUGAAGCUAAAACGCCGAGUCAGAUGAUCAUGUUCUACAAGAACGCCGAACGCGUGUCCAAGCAGUAUAUGAGGAUUAUCAAUGCAACAGCUGCUCAAUUGCGCAUCUCCGAUCCACCGGCUGGCCGAGAUACCUAUUAUUGUACCCUGUUACUCGACGACCAACUUGGUCCAAACCACAGCUUAUCCACACCAGCAAGUGAUUCGUCGAUAUUUUCAACCCCUCCACCGACGACCUUGGAGACUAGUGGACCCCCUUCGUGGGUGUCACAAUCCUCUGAGGUCGGAGUGUGUCUCAACAGUGUAGCCGUUGGAUAUAAACCAGCUAUAAUCACAAACUUCUCUUGUAUAUCUUACAAUUGGGUAAGUUUGAAAUGCAAUUGGACCAAACCAGAAAACCCAAUUAGAACGACAUAUAAGUUAUUCUUUAAAUUACCCGGUUAUGCUGGAGACAGAACUAUUAUAAGUUGUCCUAAUGAUGCAGAUUCCAGAGAAAAUAAUUGUUGUUGGGAUUUAUCUACAAUACCAAUGUAUAGACAACCAUACGAAUAUUACUACUUUACAUUAAUUGGGGAUAACGAAUUGGGAAAUUCAACUACAAUUAUUCGUUUUCAUCACUACGCUAAUGUUAUCCCAGCGAGCCCUAUUAAUAUCACAGUGGUGGACACAACACAAUCUAGUGCCUUGCUAAAGUGGUCUGUAGGUGCUAUGACAACUUUUCCACGAGAACUAAAUCAUAAGAUCGAAUAUAAAUCUCAGUGGGAUUCCAAUCCUGAACAUUGGCAUUCUGUAAAUGUGAGUGACUUUUGUAGUUCGCCAUCAACUUCCAAUCAAACCUAUUCUUAUUCGGAUUGUCGAGAACGUGACACUGGAUUUUAUUAUUUCAAUGUAACUGAUUUAAGAUACCCGUUCACGCAUUACGAUUUUCGAAUAUAUGUACGUUCUUCAGUUGCUCGUGGAGAGGAUAAAUGGUCUCCUCCCGGUUGCAUAACUUUGAAAACUAAUCCUUCAAUACCUAGAAGACCUCCACGAACUGAUGUUGGAAGCUUUGAGUGUGUUACUUCGCCAGUGGACAAAUCCAAAAGAGACGUGUUCAUUUACUGGCAAAAUAUUGAAGACAACGAGAAAUGUGGCGAUUCAUUUGAGUAUCGUGCUUACUUCACUUCUACAACUACAGAUAACAAAACCAUUAUUCACCGCAGUAAUGAAACAUAUUCGAAUUAUGCCAAGUUUGAAGGACUCAGUACUGACAUUGCGUACAAUUUUACAGUGUUUUCAUCGAAUAAAGAAGGUUCAUCAAUCGAGUAUUCAACAAUUUUUGUUCCCAUUGAAUCCGAAAAAAUUGACUAACCGCUAUCAUUUACAAAAAUCGCAUUUGAUGAACGAGGUGUAUUUGAACUUUCGUGGAAAAAUGCCAGUAGUCAAACAAUAUUAGCACCUAAUCAAGCCAAUGAUUAUACUAUAUUUUGGUGUGAAAAUGAUAAAGACAGUAAUAAUAAAUACGAGUGUAAUGGUUCGAUGAACUGGACGCAUAUACCAAGUUCAGAAACUUGCUUUAAUAUAACUGUAUCAGAUAAAAUGAAAGUCUAUCAAUUUGCAAUAAGCGCCAAUAGCCAAAGCACACUAAAGGCUGAUGUUACUAGUCCUUAUCAACCCAUUUCUAGCAGUAGUGGGAUGGUGUGGGUAUCAUGCACAGUACUACAAAAUAAAAUCAUUGGAAAAAUAAAAAACGUUCGUAUAAAUAUGAUUGGCUCGACAUCUAUGGAAUUGAGUUGGAAUCUUGACUGCUCUGAUAGAAUAGGUGCAGUUCUAGGAUUUCGUAUAUUUUACUGUCCAGUAGUAUCUAUACAUAAUUCUACUUGUAGAGAACCUAUGUUAAAUAAGACUGUUAGUGGUAAGAUGGCACACGAUGACAGCAGAGGAAUUGCCAGUAUUACAGAUCUCAAGUCGCACACAACAUACGUGGUUACAAUCGCAUUAGUUACAAAACAUGGUGAAGGGUUAUACAGCGAUCCUUUGCUCUACACCACUCUAGAAGGAGCACCCGAUAUUCAAAAUCUAAUAAUAAAUGUCACGAGACUGACCAAUACAACCGUGUCUCUUCAGUGGUCGAAUGCUAAAUUCAAGAAUGGUGUAGUCCGGUACUACCAUAUUGAUUAUUAUUCGGACGAUAUAUUUCAGCAGCAGGAUUUGAUUGAUUCAUUUGACGAACAGCAAGUCGUGAAUGAACAACGUCGUAUUACCGUUCACGAUACAAAGUGUCGUCUGGAUCACUUGGAAAGUUACAGAAGCUAUACAAUUACCGUCACAGCAUGCACAACAGUUUGUUCAGAGCGUUCGCUUCCCAUUAAAGUUCGAACAGCUGUCGGGAUGCCAGGAAGGGUUUCUCAACCAAAUUUGUUUUACGAAAACAGCACUAGGAUAGCUGUAUUUUGGCCGAAACUCAUGAAACCGGCUGGUCCGAUUGAUUAUUACGAAUUGAUUGUAAUGCCUUACAGUAGGCCCAAAAAUGCACGAAUUACAUAUUGUGGUUUUUCUUCAUCCACCGAUUUGUCCGACACACAAAUACAGGAAAACCCGAAUAAUUCAAUGUACCAGAGCGUUUCAAAUGUGUUCCAUAUGCCUGUUCCGGAUUGUAAUAAUGAACGGUAUAGUGAUCGAAAAACGUUGUCAUUAAUUGUAGUACGAGCUGUGAAUAACAAUCCACUUAAUCCUCAUAGGCCAUAUUAUGGCCAGUGGUCGGUUCCUGGAUCGGUCAGUUGUGUGUUACCAGCACCAAUUCAAAACAUAAUGAUAAAUGUCACGAGAUUGACCAAUACGACCAUAUCACUGCAGUGGUCGCCUCCUGAAUUCACGAAUGGUGUUGUCCGUUACUACCAUAUUGAUUAUUAUUUGGACGAUACUAUAUUACAGCAGCAUGAUUUUAAUGGUUCAUAUUUUGACGAACAGCAAGUCAUAGAUGAACAACGUCGUUUAACGGUUCAUGACACAAAGUGUCGUCUGGAUCACCUAGAAGGUUAUAGAAGAUAUGCAAUUACCAUCACAGAAUGCACUACAGUUUGUACAGAGCGUUCACUUCCCAUAAAAGUGCGAACAGCUAUUGGGCUGCCAGGAAGAGUUCAUCAACUAAAUGUAUUAAAAACCAGGAAUGGGAUAGAAAUAUCUUGGGCAAGACCCGUGAAACCAGCCGGUCCAGUCGAUCUUUACGAUUUGAUUAUAGUGCCCGAUAGUGGACGCGCAAAUUCACAAUCUACAAAUGAUAGUUCAUCUUCAUCCACUGCUUUAGAUUCCGUACAAAUACGAGAAAAUCCAGACAGUAAAAUAUAUCAAUUUAUGCCAAACUCAAAGGAUAAAUUCCAUCCUCAUGAUCAUUUACCUUCUCCCAACUGUUUUCAUAAAUUUUGGAGUCAACAAAAGUUUUUAUUUGCUGUACGAGCUGUGAAUAGAAAUCUACUUGAUCCUCAAAGUCCAUAUUAUGGAAAGUGGUCUGUUCCAAAGCCGGUCACUGUUUGUUCUCUCAAAUGGGUGCAGUUGUAGAGAAGCAGUCUCAAGGAUGAAAGUGAUGGACAAUGGCAGAGCACUGCGAGAGAACUCUGUAGUUAAGUUUAUAAAUUAUAUUGUGAACAAUUAUUAAAGAACUGUGGUCUGUUAUAAUGAACAUAAUAUCUUA